GAAUCGCACGCUCAGCCUCGUCUCAUUUCUGUACUUCUUCCUAAAUAUCGCUCCUCAUGAAGAACUUAGAGUAUGAAGGUGGCGCGCGGGCGCUGGAGGAGGAAGGCGCUUUGAACGCGAUUGAUAGAGUUCUCAGGACAGCAGAGAAGCAAGAGCUAGAAACGGCCUCAUCCGAACAGGGUCGUGAUGAAGAAGAAGGCUUUUCGCAGACACGAUCAAUCAACGGUGGAUCAAUGCCGUUUAAGGGUAUACUUGAGGUGGCUUCACCACAAAACCAGGAGGUGGAAGAGGGGCAGCAGAAAAAGAAGAAGAGAAGGAAGAGGCGAGAAGAACAUGAGACUUCAGAAGCUCCUCUGGAAGCACAAGACACUUUUGAGGCGGAACCAGCAUACAGCGGCACUCAACCUGUGAGAGCAGGGUCCCCAAACUCGAUGCGUCCAUCACGUAGGAGGGGACGAAGCAAAAGAAGAAGCCCGAGAAACGAACCUCCUUCACUUGCCACGCCACGACCAACUUCAGCAAGAUUCCGUAAAUACGACGCGGACCGUAACAUACUGUCGCCAAUUCCGCAAAACUCUUUUCCGCCACACGGGUCCCAAUCAGGGUUUGCUCCCUACUACCAUCCUUUAACCGCAAAUUCGCCGGACUAUCGACUCACGAGCAUGCCUCUUAAUCGUCACACGGAUGACGACGAAGUAGAAUAUCUCAGCUUCACAGUGCCGAUACGAUGCACUCAUGCAACGCUUCACUCUCGUUUUUCGGCCUCAAUGCAACAGAACUGGCCGACAGUAAUUUCUCAUAGUGAUCUUGGGGAAAGUGUGGCCCAGGAUGUCCAUCACUCACAACGAUUCAAAAAAGGCGAUGGUCAUUAUUCUGUCAAACUUUCCGGUUCUAGAAUGUUACAAGGCCUUGUGAGUGAGGACUGCUCCCAGCUUCGAUGGUUGUAAGUGACAUUAAAAGCCCCGCCCUUGCCCGCACCUCAACAUGGAUUGCUUAUUGUGGAUUCAAGGCACAUGC